GAAAAGUUAAAGAGGAGAUGAAUUUACCGGUUAAGGUUGAAUUAUCCCCUCAUACUUUAAGAAGAUGUUUUGCUACUUAUCAGGCUAUUUCGGGAAUGCCUUUGCCGGUGUUGCAAAAAGUUUUGGGACAUAGUAAAAUCUCUACUACUGCUUUAUAUAUUCGGGAUGGAGAUUUAAGUAAUUUAGUGAAGUUUAGGCCAGUCUAA